AACAUGUUGCAUGCCGUUGUCGAUAGUUUUAAAAAUAGUUUGAAAUUGUUUACAAGUGCAACGUAACUUUCAGAAGAAAUGGAUAUAAUAAGGCCGUGGAAGAUGGACCCCAGCGGUGAGGAACCACCCACAGACCCGGGCGCUCGGCAACCCGAGCGGAUGGGUUAUACAGAGCGCGACUUUGAAGCAGGUCACCGAGCUCACAGCGUGUUCGUAGGCGUUCAUCUGCCCGGAGGCUCCAGAAGACAUUCCCAUCGCAGACAUAAACACCGGAUUCAUCAAAACUCAGAUGGCUAUCCUGCUUUACAAGAACAUCCCGAUGAAAGACCACUGACACCUCCUGCAAAAAGAGUCCAGUUCAUUCUUGGAGAAGAUGUCGAGGAAGGAGGUCUUGAAUCUCAUCCCUUGUUCUCCGAAAUGGAGGAGCUGGUGGCAGAAGAAGAUGGCGAGAUCGAAUGGAAAGAGACAGCGAGAUGGAUUAAAUUCGAGGAGGACGUCGAAAUGGGUGGUGAUCGAUGGUCCAAACCUCAUGUGGCAACAUUGUCCCUGCAUGCUCUAUUCGAACUUCGCUCUCUGCUGCGACAUGGUUCCGUGUUACUCGAUAUGCAGGCGAGUUCCCUGGAAGAAGUCACAGAUCUGGCCUGCGAAAAUCUCCAAACUGCUGGUCAGCUGAACUCUGACACUAGGGAAAAGGUUAAAGAAGCUUUGCUGAGGAGACAUCGACAUCAGCACGAAGGAAAAAGAAAGGACAAUAUUCGACUGCCAAUAAUUAGGUCUCUGGCGGAUAUUGGAAAAAAUCUAUCAACGUCGAAAACGCCCCAGUGUUGCAACGGUAACACAAUGUCCGUCGAACUUCUGCCAACGACGAGGCACUGCCAAAUUGAAACAAAAAGGGAUGAACCAGAAUCUUCAGAACUUCCUAGGCAGAAAGAUGCAAAUGAUGAUCGGGGACGAUAUUUAUCUCUUCCAGGAGAUGAUCAAAUGGUUAAAUCUCCCAGCGGACAUUCGAUUAAUCCUAAUUCAAGUGCUGGUGAGUUCACGAAUGGUGGAGGUAGCGGAGCGAGUGACCAUUCCAAUAAUCACAAAACCAAUACCCAUUUUAUGCGAAAAAUUCCACAUGGGGCUGAAGCUAGCAAUAUCCUUGUUGGUGAAGUCGACUUUUUGGAUAAACGAAUUUCCGCAUUUAUAAGACUAAGUCAAGCCGCUCUCAUGGGCGAUCUGACUGAAGUUCCAGUUCCGACAAGAUUCAUUUUUAUCUUAUUGGGGCCCAGAGGCAAUCGUGAUAGUUUUCAUGAAAUUGGAAGAGCAAUGGCUACUCUAAUGUCGGACGAAAUUUUUCAUGAAGUCGCUUAUAGAGCAAAGAAAAGAGAUCAUUUACUAGCGGGUGUCGAUGAGUUUUUAGAUGCAGUCACUGUAUUACCUCCCGGUGAAUGGGAUCCUACUAUACGUAUUGAACCACCAGCAGCAAUACCAAGUCAAGAGGUUCGCAAAAGGCCGCCCGAAAAAGUCAAACGUGAUGAAAUAGAAGACGAACUCGAAGAUGAGCAGAAAUUGAGAGAAGAAAGUGGAUUGUCAAGAAGUGGUAAACUUUUUGGAGGUCUUGUGAACGAUCUGAAACGUAAAGCUCCAUGGUACUUCUCAGACUUUAAAGAUGCUUUGUCGCUGCAAUGUAUAGCUUCAUGGAUAUUUUUAUACUUUGCUUGUCUUUCACCUAUUAUCACAUUUGGCGGUCUUUUGGGUCAAGCGACCGGGCGAAAUAUGGCAGCAAUGGAAAGCUUAGUGAGCGGGUUUGUUUGUGGAAUUGGUUAUGGCCUUUUUUCUGGACAGCCAUUGACCGUUCUAGGUUCCACAGGUCCUGUACUUGUUUUUGAAACCAUAGUUUACGAAUUUUGUAAGACCGCAGAUUGGGACUACAUGUCGUUCAGACUAUGUAUUGGUAGUUGGAUCACAAUCAUAUUAAUAAUACUCGUAGCAGUUGACGCUAGCGCAUUAGUUUGUUACAUUACCAGAUUUACAGAAGAAAAUUUUGCAACUUUAAUAGCAUUUAUAUUUAUUUAUAAGGCUGUUGAAAAUGUUAUCCAUAUAGGCGAAAACAAUCCUAUGAGCACAGAUGGACUUGAUCCGUUAUUUGGAAACUGCAUUUGCACACCAACUGCCUUCACGAAUAUGAGCUAUGCAGAUUCAGUCAAUUGGAGUUCAGUAGAUCCUUAUACAUGCAUGGCAAUGAAUGGUACAAUCGGAGGGCCCGGUUGUUUACCAAGAAACACUGUACCAAAUGUUUUCUUGAUGUCUGUGAUUUUAUUCAUUGGAACAUUUUUACUUUCUGUAAUUCUCAAGGAUUUUAAAAACGCAUUAUUCUUUCCAUCCAAUGUGCGUCAAAUUGUAUCAGAUUUUUCUGUAAUAAUUGCCAUUUUUUCAAUGACAUUAGUAGAUUAUUUAUCAAAUGUUCCAACGCCAAAAUUAGAAGUACCAUCUGAGUUCAAACCAACACUAGAUGAAAGGGGAUGGAUAAUAAUGCCAUUCGGCCGUAAUCCUUUCUGGUCAGCAAUAGUUGCUGUUUUACCAGCUCUUUUAGGAACCAUAUUGAUAUUCAUGGAUCAGCAAAUUACAGCGGUUAUUGUUAAUCGCAAAGAAAACAAGUUGAAAAAAGGAUGUGGUUAUCACUUGGAUCUGUUUAUUUUAGCCAUAUUGAUUCAAAUUUGCUCAAUAAUGGGGCUUCCGUGGUUUGUGGCUGCCACUGUUCUGUCGAUAAAUCAUGUCAAUUCACUAAAAUUAGAAUCAGAAUGCGCAGCACCUGGAGAAAAACCUCAAUUUCUAGGUGUAAGAGAACAGCGUGUAACACAUAUUAUGAUUUUUGUCAUGAUUGGAUUAUCGGUGCUUUUUACUCCAAUGCUGAGGCACAUUCCGAUGCCGGUUUUAUUUGGUGUUUUCUUGUACAUGGGUGUAGCAUCAUUAAAAGGACUGCAAUUCUUUGACAGACUCCUGAUUAUGCUAAUGCCGGUUAAAUAUCAGCCAGAUUACAUGUUCUUGAGACAGGUGCCAUUAAAACGUGUUCACCUGUUUACCGUAAUUCAGUUAACAUGCCUGAUCUGUCUCUGGGUAAUAAAGUCCUUCUCAGCGACCUCGAUACUGUUUCCACUCAUGUUGGUGGUUAUGAUUGGAAUACGCAAAUCUUUAGAUUUGGUUUUUACCCGACGCGAGUUAAAGAUAUUAGAUGACGUGAUGCCGGAAAUAACCCGAAGGAAAGCGGAAGAUCUGCGCCAUUUGGAACUAGCAGAGGGUUCUGAAAGUGUGAAGCGUUCUUUGCUGGAUAGACACCACAGCAUUGACAUCGCCUUACCCAACGGUAAAAUGAUACAGGUACCACUGGCUGCCAUCAACAUAAGUGAAGAAGUAAAUAGCACUGCUGUUUGGAAAGACAUCGAUCGACAUGAACACAAAAGAAGAUCAUCAACAGCUGCACAAAUUAAAUCAGCAGGGUUGUUAAAGCCGGGUCCGCCACCUGAAAUCAACAUAGUUCAAGAAAAUCAUGGCCAAAUCAAGAACGACGAGAAAAUACCAGAAGUUGGUGGACCUAAAAAAUGUGAUACAAUGAAGGUUUCCAAAGAGUGGUGGAGCGACAGGUCAACCGCUAAAACAUGGAAUUCUGCAGAAACAUCUGUUUAAUAUAUUUCUGUAAAA